UCCACUGUAUCUUUACCAUAAAAUAAGGACAAGGAAAAGCUCUUAGUAAAGAGUUCAGAUCUACACCAAGACACCCAAGAAAGAACCCAGGUCUUUGUUACAGUCACAUGAAACUUGAGUUUAUCCUCUUCGCAAAUUGUUCUGAUCCAUUACAACUUCAGGUAACUGUUCUUCCUUUUUUAAGUUGCAGUUUCUUGGUGCUUCUUUUAUGAUAUAUAUAUACAUACACACAACUAUUCAUACAUAUCCACUUGUGAUUUGUUGGUGUAUCAAACCCUCACAUGAAACGACAACCUGGGUCUAUUUCUUUUUCAUAUGAACAAUCAAACCCAGGUUUCUAAAUUUAAAGAUUCUAUUAGUUUUGUGUCGUAUUUGUUUGUGGAAAGCUGAAACCCCUUAAGAUUACUGUUUGCAAUUUAAGUGUUUGUUGAGUUGUCUGAAAGAUGGGGGAGAAGUUUUGGUUGAAUGAAGAGGACAAGUGUAUGAUAGAAGCUGUUUUAGGCAGUGAAUCCUUUGAAUUCUUUGUUGCUUCGGCCUCCGGCAACGUGUUGUCAGAGUUCGUGUCAUCGGCCAGAGAUUUGGGUGUGCAGAAAGGGCUGUGUAAGGUUGUUGAGGGGUCAAAUUGGAAUUAUGCCAUGUUCUGGCAGGUUUCGAAGUCGAAAUCCGGCAAUUCGGCCUUGAUUUGGGGUGAUGGGCAUUGUAAGGAGCUGAAGGGAAGUGAGGUUGAGAAUGGGAACUGUUCCAAGGAUCGAAAAUUGGAUGAAGAAAAUAGGAAAAAGGGGGUUUUGCAGAAGCUUCACGCUUGUUUUGGAGGAUCGGAGGAAGAUAAUUAUGCAGGAAAUUUGGAUUCAGUUUCAGAUUUGGAGAUGUUCUAUCUCGCAUCAAUGUAUUACUCAUUCCCAUUUGAUAAGCCAUCUAGUCCUUCUCAAUCAUUCAAUACUGGUAGAGUGAUUUGGGCUUCAGAUGCCAAGAGUUGUUCAGAACAUUACCAAUCAAGGUCAUAUUUAGCCAAAUUAGCUCGAUUUGAAACGGUGGUUUUUAUCCCACUAAAAGCAGGGGUAGUUGAGAUUGGUUCCGUUAAAUCAGUUCCUGAAGAACAAGGUGUGAUUCAAAUGGUGAAAACUACACUUGGGGGACCUCUGUCUGUACAGGCAAAGGUGGUGGCAAAGAUAUUUGGGCAUGAACUUAGUCUUGGUGGUGCAAAGUCGCGUCCGAUGACUAUAAGUUUUUCACCGAAAGUGGAAGAUGAUUCAGGGUUUACAUCAGAAUCUUAUGAUUUGCAAGCGGUAGGAACUAAUCAAGUUUAUGGGAACUCUUCUAAUGGGUCUCGAAGUGAUGAUGGUGAAGCAAAACUGUUUCCACAAAUGAACCAAGUGAUUGUUUCUGGUUUAGACCAGGGCCAGGAGGACUUGUUGAUUCAGUCCGAUGAGAGGAAACCAAGAAAGAGAGGGAGAAAGCCUGCCAAUGGGAGAGAGGAACCGUUGAAUCAUGUGGAAGCAGAGAGGCAGAGGCGAGAGAAGCUUAACCAACGUUUUUAUGCAUUAAGGAGAGCGGUUGUUCCUAACAUCUCCAAGAUGGACAAGGCCUCUCUGCUUGGUGAUGCGAUUACAUACAUCACUGAUCUUCAGAAGAAGAUAAGGAUCUUAGAAACCGAAAAGUAUAUGGGUAACAAUAAGCAAAAGCAAUGCAUUGUCCCGGAAAUUGAUUUUCAAGCAAGGCAUGAAGAUGCGGUUGUGCGAGUGAGCUGCCCAUUGGAUGCUCACCCGGUUUCUAGGGUCAUAAAGGCAUUCAGAGAACAUCAAGUUAUAGCACAAGAGUCUAAAGUUUCGACAACAAGCAAUGGAGAGAUUGUUCAUUCAUUCUCUAUACGGACUCAAGAUGGUGCUGCCGAGGAUUUGAAGGAUAAGCUGGUUGCCGCCCUUUCAUUAUGAUCCAGGUUUGAAGUUGUAUUUGUAAGAUCAGUCUCACUUUGUAAUAAUUGGCUGUGUUUCUCAACGUUGACUUACUAACGCUUUCCUACUAGAAAAACUGGGAAUAGCUUAUUGUUGCAUAUCUGGUUUUGAUGUUUGCUUCAAUGAUGUAUUGUCUGACUGCAGAUUAUUGAGUUUACUUCUUUAGUUAAAAUCAUGAAGAUGGUUUUGUGGA